AUGAAGGAAGGAGAUCAAUUCAGCUCUGCAUCAGCUGGAAUUAGUAUGAAUCUUUGUGCUGCCCUUGCUCGCUAUCAAGGGCUGGAUUCGCUGCUCCCAGAGUUUCUUCCCGUCAGAGUCAAGGAUCUACCCAACUUCAGCAAGAUGGAUCCUGAGAUGGUAUAUCGAUUAUUUACCAACAACAAGAAUGCAACAAAGGUCUCUUCUGACUUCCUGGUGAACGCAUUCAACGGUCUCCAGCCAAUCGCACUGGAUAAACUUAGACAAAAUUAUCAUCCCGUUCAGAUCUUCACCAUCAGCCCGCUCAAUAAAUUCUCACAGGGUUCUUUGAACAGCUUGCUAACACAAUACCACAUAUGCAUGGCUUGGCUAGAUAAUCAAGCUCCACGGUUAGUCAUUUAUGCCAGUUUUGGGAGCUUAGCUUCAAUUGAUAAAACAGAAAUGGUGGAGAUAGCUUGGGGCCUCGCCUAUAGUGACCAGCCGUUCUUGUGGGUGGUCCACCCCAGUUCAAUCAACGGCCACGAAUGGGUUGAACUGUCUCAAGGGUUCGAAGAGAAGGCGAGGGAGAGGAGCCUGAUCAUUAAUUGGGACCCACUACAAGAACAGCCCAUUUCGUCUCCAAAACAAUGGAAGAAUCGACCAUGCUGCAAAUCCAAGAAAAGAGUCCCUCAUUUGGUUAUUUUCCCACUCCCAUUUCAAGGACACAUCAAUCCCAUGCUUCAACUGGCCACUCUCCUACACUCCAAAGGAUUCUCAAUCACCGUAAUUCACACUCACUUCAACUCUCCCAGUCCAUUCAACUUCCCCAACUUCAACUUCGAGCCCAUACCCGAUGUCUUAUCAGACGGUCAGCUCUGGAGUGAGGACCCCUUAACCCUUGUGUCCAUCCUCAACGACACAUGCCAAGUACCAUUCCAUGAUCGCUUGUGCCAAUUGCUAACAGAUGGCCCGCAUGGCCCGGUUAAGUGCAUCAUCACCGAUGAGCUUUUUUACUUCACUAAAGCUGUUGCCGACCAGUUGAAUCUCCCGAGAAUUUUGUUAGGCACCACCAGUGCCACAUUUUCCAGCACCAUGGCAUCUGUGAAGCUUCUUCAGCAAAAUGGAGUCAUUUCAAUCACGGAUAUGUAUGGUCUGCCAAACAUGCAUAUUCCUGAGAUUCAGCCACUCAGGAUCAAGGACAUUCCAGACUUCAGCAUGACGGAUCCUGAUACGUGUGAGCGAUUUUGGGCCGACAUGAUCAAUGCAAUAAGGUCUGCUUUGGGUUGCAUCAUGAACACAUUCGACAAUCUUGAACCAACUGCAUUCGAAAAAGUUAGACAAGAUCGUCAUCCCACGCCACUCUUUGCGGUUGGCCCCCUCUAUAAAUUCUCUCCAGGAUCAUCAAACAGCUUACUAACACAAGACUACAGCUGCAUGGCAUGGCUAGACAAGCAGGCGCCGCAGUCGGUCAUUUACAUCAGCUUCGGGAGCUUAGCUUCCAUAACUAAAACAGACCUGGUGGAGAUUGCUUGGGGGCUAGCCAAUAGUGACCAGCCCUUUUUGUGGGUGGUCCGGCCUGGCUCUAUCCAUGGCCAUGAUUGCAACGAACUACCAGAAGGGUUUGAAGAGAAGACACGGGAGAGAGGCCAGAUCGUGAAGUGGGCCCCACAACAAGAAGUGCUAGCCCACCCAUCAGUGGGAGGAUUUUGGACACACAAUGGUUGGAAUUCUACGUUGGAGAGCAUAUGUGAAGGGGUGCCCAUGUUAUGCUCUCCUUAUUUAUGGGACCAAAAUGUGCAUGCUAGGUAUGUGAGCCAUGUAUGGAGGGUGGGAAUGCAACUUGAGAAAUGGUUCGACAGAAGUGAGAUUGAGUGGGCCGUAAGAAGAUUGAUGGUGGAGAUUGAAGGGAAGGAGAUGAGAGAGAGGGUAGGUGGUCUCAAGGAAAAUGCAAUGCGUUGCAUGGCGAAAGGAGGUUCUUCGUAUGAGUCAUUAGAGAGUUUGAUUGAUCUUAUCAUGUCAUUAUAA